AUGGACCUCGAUGGCUCUGUCACCCUCCUUCUCGUCUUCCUCCUCACCUGCGUAAUCUUCCUGGCCAAGAGGAAGCGUCGCGGGAAAUUGCCCCCGGGUCCCACUCCUCUGCCGUUCAUUGGAAACAUGCACCAGGUCAAGAUAAAUGACCUCAUCAAGUCCCUGGUGGAUCUCAGUAAGACGUACGGCCCCAUGUAUACCUUCCACCUUGGCUCUCGCCCCACGGUGGUGCUGUGCGGGUACCAGGUAUUAAAGGAGGCGCUGAUCGACCACGCGGAGGAGUUCAGCGGGAGGGGAGACUUCCCUGCCGUCCAGAUGUACAGCAAGGGAAACGGAAUAGUGUACGGCACGGGUGAGAGGUGGAGGCAGUUGCGUCGUUUUGCGAUCACCACCUUGAAGAACUUCGGAAUGGGAAAGAGGAGCCUGGAGGAGAGGGUGAAGGAGGAGGCCCAGUACCUGAUAGAAGAGUUCCAAAAAAGUGAAGGGAAACCCUUUGAUCCAACGUUUGGCUUCAGCUCAGCCGGGUCAAACAUCAUCUGCUCCUUGGUGUUUGGAGACCGCUUUGACUACAGGGACAAGGAGUUCCUCAACCUCCUCUACCUCAUCAACAACAGCUGGCACUUAAUGAGUUCCACGUGGGGCCAGCUACUGUUUGUGUUUCCUAAAAUCAUGCAGUGGAUCCCCGGUCCCCACAAGCAGAUAUACAAGAACUACGUCAAACUCGGGGCUUUCGUGGCCAAGAGACUUCGGAUGAACAAGGAAACUCUUGACCCCAACAACCCUCGGGAUUUUAUCGACUGCUUCCUCAUUAAAAUCGAGCAGGAGAAGAAGAAUCCCCAGAGCCACUUUUGCUAUGAGACGAUGCUGAAGACAACGGUAAAUGUGUUUUUUGCCGGGACGGAGACCGUGGGGUCCACCCUGAGAUACGGCUUCCUGAUCUUACUGCGGCACCCAGAGGUAGAAGAGAAGGUCCAUGAGGAGAUAGACCGAGUGAUCGGCCGAGAAAGAAGUCCGUGCAUGGAUGACCGAAGCAAGAUGCCUUACACGGAAGCCGUUAUUUACGAAAUCCAGAGAUUCGCAGACAUCGUCCCCAUGAGCGUCCCUCACACCGUCACCCGGGACAUCAAGUUUCGGGGAUACGACCUGCCAGAGGGUCUGAACAUCAUGCCCCUGAUUUGCACGUCCCAGUACGACCCCACAAAGUUUAAAAACCCCCAGGCUUUUGACCCAACGCAUUUCUUGGACGAGAACGGAGCAUUCAAGAAAAAUGAAGCGUUCAUGGCGUUUUCGGCAGGGAAGCGGAUCUGCCUCGGGGAAGGUUUGGCUCAGAUGGAGUUGUUUAUUUUCUUCACCACAAUACUUCAAAACUUCAGUCUGAAGCCCCUCGUGGACCCCAAAGACAUUGACAUUACGCCUGCAAGCAGCGGCUUAGGAAACAUCCCGUGGCCCUAUAAAAUGUGUCUGAUCCCGCGCUGAGGGCCGGAGUAAUGAAUGUGUGAUAAUCUGCAGGGCGGAAUAAACCGGGCUGAGGGAUUCAUGAUUUUUAUUCUUUUGGGGUGAUGAUAAUAAAGCUCUCUGCAUGCGC